ACGGAAGUGACGUUAUCGUUUAGUCUCACACGGAAACGGCAGACUUGACACCAAAACAAAGUGACAGUAUUUAAAUUUUUUUAUUAUUUGCGCGUAUCGUGCUCAUUCCUCCGGCCGACAAACACCUCGCAAUAGUUUAAACACGUUGAUAUAAAUGCACUGCGGCUGCCUCAGCUAACUUAGCCAACGUAAGCUGGAUAUUUUCACUGAACUCGCAGCUUGUGUACGUUACAUACGGGAGGAAUCAGUCUCCAGCAAAUGGCCUGCACUUUGGAAAAAGUGCUGGGCGAUGCCCGGACUCUUCUGGAGAGGCUGAAAGAGCACGACACGGCCGCAGAGGGUCUGAUAGAGCAGUCCGGGGCCCUCAGCCAGAGAGUGCAUAGCAUGAGAGAGGUGGGAAAUGCCCUUCCAGACAAGCACAUAGAAGACACUUCAGAGAUUCAGGAGCUGACGAAAUACAAGCCUCAUGUGCUUCUGACUCAGGAAAACACUCAAAUCAAAGAACUCCAGCAGGAGAAUAAAGAACUUUGGUUGUCUCUCGAAGAGCACCAGUACGCGCUAGAGUUGAUCAUGGGUCGAUACCGCAAGCAGAUGCUCCAGCUGAUGAUGGCGAAGAAGGAGCUGGACACCAAACCUGUGCUGAGCCUGCAUGAGGACCACGCAAAGGAAGUGCAGAGCCAGGUGGAGCGGAUAUGUGAGAUGGGUCAGGUGAUGAGAAAAGCAGUGCAGGUGGAUGAUCAGCACUACUGCUCUGUUCGAGAGAGGCUCGCUCAACUAGAGAUUGAGAACAAGGAGCUAAGAGACCUCAUGGUCAUCAGCAAAAGCACAGUGAAGACAGUGAAAGAAGAAACCAACCAGCCAGCAGCAGCAGCAGCAGCAGCACAGGAAGAGUCCCCUGAGUCCCCUGAGUCCCCUGAGUCCCCGGAGUCCCCUGAGUCCCCAGGGUCCGAUGAGUGAUCAGAGCAGCUUCAGAGUGAACCGUGGUUGAGGCAACAAGACCAUAAGGGUCAGGAGACAGGGUUGAUGGUCUAUAUAUCUGUGUUCACCACAUUAUUUUUCUACAUAAAAUGGAAUGCAGCACCACGGCAUAUUUUUUGUAGUGACGGCCACUUAAACACCACCAUCUAGCAAGCAUUUACCUGCGGGUAUAUCUGGAUGAUAGCUAUUUUUUUUCCAUAUGCACGCAUAUGUGUAUUAUCUCUGCAGCUGUGCUGGAAUGUAUUCCGCAUGAACCAUGACUUUUAAUGAGAUGUGUUGGUUGCCACUGACCGGAAAUCAGUGUGGGCUGAGACACACGUGCUGGAGUAAAAGGCAGUAAAAGCAAAGGGGGGGGUUAUUUUGUUUUUGGCCAAAGAUUUACAUUUACUCUUAAAGGACACAGUUUCUACCUCUUUGGUUCCCCUUUGCUGUUCAUGCUCACACUCACGAUGUGUAAAACACUCAUAACCACCCCUGCUCUGAGUUCACUUGAAGUCCAUUAAAGAAGCCGACUCGUAUUCUACACUAUUUUAAGAGGCUGUGCUUGAUAAUCACUGCCAACAAGAUGACUUUUGGCUGUUUCACAGUUUGCCUGCUGAGGAGUGACAGUGGAUCAUUCGUAUGUGAUUGUGUAUCAUUUUCUGAAUUUGAUAUGUUUGUCAGCCUGUUUGUAAGAAUUCAUAUAUAUAUAACAUGAUUUCCAUGUUUAGAACUUUAACACCAGGUUUCUAGUUUUCAGAUUUGGAUGCAGAGUAAGUGAAAUGUCUCAGAACAUCUUUACUGAAUGGUAACAAUUUCAAAACAUGCCAACUUUUUUUUUUGUGUGAUGGUUAUAAAAUGUUUGAGCACUGUAUGUUGUCAGAAAUUGUAUAUUGUCAUCUCAGGAAAUCAGUGUUAAUAAGGUAAACAUGCUGUAAUGACUUCACGACAGUGUACUGAUUUGUGUCAAAUGAAAAUUUCAUUCAGAAAGUUUCAAAUAAAUUUUCAAUAAAAAUGUGCAUACGUGAAUGUU